GCGCCAACAUAGGGCGCCCACACCCCUCCUAUUCACAUUUACUACACAACAUUUCAUGUCAACUUAGUAUAGUUUGGAGCUCCAGCAAGUGCACAUCGCCGAUGCUUCUGGUAAUAUGAUGACGAACGGAAGCGCGCGAGCCGGCCUCCAACCCCCAGAGAUGCUCGACUUCUUCGAGGAGGUGCACUCGCCCACCGACUCCAGCGAGGACAGUGUCGAGGUGAAAAUCUCCCCGAUCUCCUGCCGGAAUAAGCGCAAAUGCGCCGAACCCCGGAAAGUGCCGGAAACCUUCUCCGGACCUUUGAAAAAACGCAUGUGCUUGAAAGUGAAAGCGGAGAGUGAGGCGCCCUUCAGGCCGUGGAGCCCCAAGACUUUCGUCGCGCCGGCCGCCCCCGCGGGGUACUUCCGGCCCCCGUCGCCGGUCAAGGACGAGCCAGUGGCCCUAGUGAAGAAACGCGAGGAGGCCCCUCCGAGGGUCCCAGUGCACCCCCCGGCCGUGCUGAGCGAUGUUGACACCGAGAGGAUCAUCCAGAGCUCCGCGGAUGCAUUCCCCGGGUUGGUGCAGCCCCGUCGGGAGCAGAGAAAUUACAAGAAUAUGACUCGCGAGCGGAGAAUUGAAGCCAAUGCGAGGGAGAGGACGCGAGUGCAUACCAUUAGUGCGGCGUUUGAUACCCUUAGAAGGGCCAUUCCGUCCUAUUCGCACAACCAGAAACUGUCGAAAUUGUCUGUGUUGCGCAUCGCAUGCUCGUAUAUAAUGACUUUGUCGAGUAUUGUGAACGGGGAUGAGGGUGCCGCCGCGGACUGUGUUGAUCUCGUGACGAAAACGAUCCAAAGGGAAGGGAAACUCCGGAAGAAGAAAGACGACAAUGACUGAAGUUCCUAAUUUGUUGCCAUUAUUUGUACUUAUGUAAAUAGUCUUUAUUUAUUUCAACAAGAGUUACUUUAUAAA